GGAGUAGGGCAAGGCCUAACAUUCUCACCGCCGUUUUUGAUGAAGUUGAGAAGAGGAUGCCUGGGGCCAGUGACACUAUAUGGGAUAUUGCUAAAGCGGAAGUUGAGAAAAGAGAAAACAGUGAAGAUGACAAAGACACUCUGGAAUGUUGUGAAAGAUCGUUAUUCUUUUUGGGAAAUAAAAAUGGGGGUAAGACUAGUAUUAUAUUGAGGUGCCUUGACAGGGAUGAAAUUCCAAAACCAACCCUAGCUUUGGAAUAUACUUUUGGAAGAAGAGCAAAGGGGCAUAAUACACCUAAAGAUAUUGCUCACUUUUGGGAAUUAGGUGGUGGAACUUCAUUGUUGGAUUUAAUCCCUAUACCAGUAAUGACAGUUAACAUAAGGACAUUUGCUAUUAUUCUUGUCUUGGAUCUUUCAAAACCAAAUGAACUCUGGCCAACCAUGGAGAGUCUUCUACAAGUCACUAGAAAGCAUGUAGACAGAAUUAUAUCAAAACUGGUACAAAACAAUUCCAAAAUAGCUACUGAAAUUAAGCGGAAAAUGUGGAACAAUGUGCCAAAAGAUCAUCCUGAUCGUGAGCUAAUUGACCCAUUUCCAAUUCCGCUAGUUAUAAUUGGAAGUAAAUAUGAUCUAUUUCAUGAAUUUGAUUCUGAGAUGAAAAAAAUAAUAUACAAGACACUUCGAUUUGUUGCUCAUUAUUAUGGUGCAUCCUUAGCGUUUACUAGCAAAUCAGAAGCUCUGUGGUUGAAAACACGUGCACUUAUUAACCAUUUGGCCUUUGGUUUUGACAGAAGCAAAUCCAUGUCAGUGGAUCCAAGUAAACCGCUUUUUAUUCCAGCAGGAAUGGACUCCCUUAGUCAAAUAGGACCCCCUCCUGCUGCUGAUAGUGACAUUGGAAAGUUGAAUGCACAAACACCUUUGGAUUUAUGGAAAAAAGUUUUUGCAAAGAUAUUUCCCCCAAAGAAAGUAGGUAUUUUCAAAGAAGCUAGGGACCCAGCUCAGGAUCCACAAUAUGCUGAAUAUGAAGUUGAUGCCAUGCGAAGUCAAAAAAAUGAGAUAAGUAAAUAUGCACCUGGAGAACAAGAAGGGACUGAAAAGGAAUUAGAACAGUACAAAAGAAAUGCUGCUAAAACCUGGAAAGAAAUAGAAUUUGAUUCUUGACUGUAUCCAGUUUUCAAUUUAAACCUAUAUUUCAUUCCUUUAAGUGGAUCCAAGUAAGGUUUAUAACAGCUGUUUAAUAUAUGAAUGAAUUAAAAAUAUUGUACUUAUUGUUGUUAGUGAUUAUAUAUAUAUAACUGAAAGGGUACCUGAAAGAUCAGCCAACAGCAAGUUAAUGUCCUAUAGGUGGCUAGCAUAGCGAGCCAUUAUAUUCAAACUUUGUGUAUGUAUAUUCAAACUUUAUGUAUGUAUAGAUUAUCUGGUGGCUACAUUGAAGUAAAAGUUUGAGUAAAUAAUUACUGUAAUUGUAUAACAUUGUGGUAUGUUGUUUACCAGCUGAGCUAAAUAAAUUUUCCAUAAAUUUUCUACAAAUCAGCACAUGCAAUAAAUGUUAUGUUUUAAACCAG